UUUUUAUUGACAAAACUAGGGGAACACAAACAUCUUUACAAGUGUAUGUUGUUGCUUUAUUUGCAUACCUAGAAUUUAACUAGUUAUAAAGGAAUCCAAUAAAAUAUUAUUCUACUCUUCUAAGCCAUGUCUUCUGAUUGGGAUGAAAUCAAACGUUUGGCUGCCGACUUCCAAAAGGCCCAACUUACGUCUACUCUACAAAAGCUAUCUGAAAUAAAUUGCGUCGAAGUUGUGUCCUUGCUCAUUCAAAAAGGACUCGUGGAAGUCGUCUUCACCAACGAUGGCAAGGAAUACAUAACACCCGACCAUUUGGAGAGAGGCAUCUUAGAUGAACUUUACGUCAAUGGAGGACGUGUUAAUUUGGUUGAAAUAUCCAAGUCAUUAAAUGUUGAUUUUACAAAGAUAGAACAUGUUGCAUCCAAAAUCGCCAGUGACAACAAACAAAUUCGACUUGUCUUGGGUCAGUUAAUCGCAGAGGAUUAUAUUGUGCAAGUCGCUCAUGAAAUCAAUGAAAAACUUGCCCAAAAGGGAGAAAUCAAUGUCUCCGACCUCACCGUCCAGUAUGAUUUGCCAUCUGAAUUCUUACAAAACAUCAUGGAAAAAUAUCUUGGAAAGAUUAUUCAUGGUCGUCAAGAUGCAUCCAAUCCUCGGACAUUUUUCACUCAAGCAUACCUUCAACGUUGCAAGUCUAAGAUGCGUGGAAUUCUAGCUGCCGUCACAAGACCAACCACCGUAGCUUCUAUUUACCAACAAAUUGGUAUUCCUGAAAAUAUAUUUCAUUCCUUGCUGGAUGAAAUUUCUCCAGCUGGUAGUGUUACCACAAAACAUUCAAACGCUCAAUACGUUCCAAAUGUGUAUUCCAAAAUGCAAUCGGAUUGGGUAAAUUCAUUCUACAAACAAAAUAGCUUUUUGGAAUAUGAUGCCAUUACUAAAUUAGGAAUAUCUGAUGCUAAACAAUUUAUAAAGCAAUAUUUUCCAAACGAAGAGAUGGUUUAUUUGAAGAAAUGUGCUGUUGGAUCGAAAAUAAUCGAUCUAACACUCGUUUCGGCUCUGAAUGAAUGUAAAGCAACUAAUAGCUAUGUUGAUUUGUCGACUAUUCUUCCAUCAAAUAUGUACGACGAAGACAUAGAAGAGUUAUUCCAGACAACACUUUCUACUCGCAAUAUUCCAAAUAAUUUUGUUUAUUUAGAAAAUAUUGUGUUUUCAAAUCAAUAUUUAGCAGAAGUUUUAAAGCCUUGUCAAGAUUUGGCAAUGGUGAAUGCAAAAAAAUCAAUUGAAAGUGGUUUUUAUCAGCAACACAUUGCAGAGAAACAGGCUUCGUCUAAGAAGAAUGAUGGACCUGAAACGGAUUAUGACUUGAAGGCAGAUAAACGGGACGAACGUCGUAAGAAAGGAUCUUCGGCUAAGGGUGGAGGUGGAGGAGGUAAUACUCAAGGAAGAGAGAUUAAAACCAAAUCGAACAAAAAACCUAAACAUUAUGGAAAGAGCGGCGGUAAGGAAGAUAUUGAUUCUGACAACCGACAGGACAGCAAGUCAAACAAAUCUCUGCUCCUCGUUAAACCAGAAGAAAUGGAAAAAAUCAUUGGAAAAACACUUGAGGAAGAAGGCAUUGAUCACCUUAGCGGAGUUAUCACAGCACUUUAUGAGAAUGAAAUUAAUGAUAAAGCCAUUCAAGAAGCCCAAAGACUCUUCGAAAUGACAUCACAAACUAAUCGACGACAAACUCUUGCAUUGUUGCAAGAGAAAAUCAAUACAUUAUUGGUUGAUAUUCGUUUGUAUGAAAAAGGCUUAAAAGUCUUUCCUGUUGAUGUGCAAUCACAAAUACUUAAAUAUUUGAUGAAAACUCUAGGAAAUGAUAUAUGCCAAGAGCUUACAGUCUAUGUGGCAAAUGAAUGUAAUUUGAAUUUAAAAUGCGCCAACAAUCUUAAUAUUGACCAAAGGAAUAAGAUUGCCCAGGAAUGCGAUCCGGAAUACAAAACGCCAUUAAUUGAGUUAAACAAAGCUCUGAACAAAACAAUUGAUGAAUUUGUGUUAGCCACGGAGGAAGUUCUUAAAGCAUGUGGGAUGGUAAUAAAAAAAGUGGAUAAGAAAAAGGAUCGUAUAUUGAUAGUUCAACAUAAAGAGAAAUUGUUACAACAGUUGGAUGAGACCGAGGAUCAUGCGAUGGUACUGCAUUUAACAUCUUUGAUUGUCUUUAUCACUGUAACGGGAUGUAUUUUACAUGCAUCUGGUCGAUUUGUUUCGCAAAUUCUUGCAUAUUUACGACCCAAUAUGAGUUCUGAACAAAAUGAUUUGCUAAUGCAAAGUCAUGAUCUUGUUUUGAAAAUGUUGCAAUUGGAUAGUGCAUCUGAUGAAUAUAAGACCUUAAGUCAACAAUUAAACUCAAUUCAAGGGGAAAUUAAAGGUUUGGCUAAGUCAUAUACAAAACCAGGGGUAACGAAAGCUGAUUAAGUGAUUUGUUAUAUAAUUUUUUUAAAGAUAUUUGUUGCAAUUUUUAAUUAUAUUUUAAAAGUUUAAAUAUUUUUAUUAUAAUGUAAUAUUAUCUUUUGUUUAUAUUUUCCUUCUUAAUAAAAACUUAACCAAA